AUGGAUCCUCCUCAGGACUUUGUCAUUCCGAUAAUGACUGAUCGCUCAUCUGCUUCUGGCACCCAAGAAGAGAUCAUUUUCCCUCUGACUCCCAUUUCCCCCGUCUCCAAAGAUCACAUCUUUGACGUAAAAGGAAUUAAGGAUCACAUUGAUCUGCUGGCUCAGGUGAGAUCUGAACAGGAAGGUGAAGAGGUUUCGUUGGCUCCUAUUGUUGCAGGUCGUGCCCUGAAUGUCCCUUCCAAUGUGUCGAGCCAAAGCAAGAUAAUGUUUCCAAAGUUGCAGCAGUAUGGCCUGUUGGCAGGGUUGACUCCGAUCAUGGAAUCUCAGAAUGACGAGCUGGCGGAAGGCAUGUGCAGCCCAAAUGACCCUAGAGUUUUCUACAAUGUGACCUCCCCGUCCAGCACUUUCAUCUGCGGCUCGCAGGGCUCUGGAAAGAGUCACACUCUGUCUUGCAUGCUUGAAAAUUGUUUGCUUUCUUCCAAGGCUGGACAUCUUGAGCAUCCGUUGACUGGCCUUCUCUUUCACUAUGAUUCAUUCAUCGGCGAUACUAUGGGCUCGCCCUGCGAGGCUGCGUAUUUGUCAUCGAACCCUGAUGUCAAAGUGAGAGUUCUCUGCUCACCAACUAACUUUCGAACCGUCGGGGCCGCUUAUUCGCGACUCAAGAACGUUGAGGUUGAACCUCUUCAGAUCGACGAAUCAGAUCUCAAUACCCAGAGGAUGCUUGACCUUAUGGCUGCCAGUCAAGGUGAUGGCCCAAUGCCGCUGUACAUGCACACUGUGCUGCGCAUCUUGAGAGAGCUUCGCACUGAGCAGCAGGAGACUGGAGCGGGUUUCAAUUAUGAGGAGUUCAAGAGCCGUCUCCUGGAGUCAAAUCUGACCAGCGCGCAGAUUGAGCCGUUGAAGCAGCGCCUUGAUACAUUGGAAAGCUUCCUGUCGAAGCCUCAGAUUGAGUUCGGUGGUCGUGGCAAGAAGAGCAAGAAGGUCGAAAGGCGAGGCUCAGUUUGGGAUCCCGUGCCUGGUCGGUUGACCAUUGUUGAUCUGUCUUGCCCUUGCAUCUCGCCGGAUACGGCUUGUGGCCUAUUCAACAUCUGUUUAGGCAUAUUCCUAGAGCAGGAUCAGUCGGUCGGUCGUGUAGUUGCGUUAGAUGAGGCUCACAAGUACAUGAAUUCAUCCGCGGAAGCAAGCGCAUUCACAAAUACAUUAUUGAUGGUUGUUAGACUUCAGCGCCAUCUAGGAGUCCGGGUCAUUAUCUCAACCCAGGAACCGACCAUUUCUACUGCUCUGUUGAAUCUGUGCUCUGUUACCAUCGUUCACAGAUUCACCUCUCCGGAAUGGCUGCGGGUUCUUCGUCACCAUCUCGCUGGCGCUUCCGAUAAUUGCUUCGCGUCUAAGACAGGGUCCGAGGUUGAGAAUGACGACCACAGCGAAGAAGACGAAACAGAGCCACUUUUUGAUAAAAUUGUGCGUCUUGGUGUUGGACAAGCGCUGCUCUUCGCUCCGAAUGCUACUGUCAGAACCACCGUAGACGAUGAUGGCAAGGUGACGGUUCACCAGCUGGGUGCUAGACAUUUGACUGUCAAGACUCGAGCUAGACUGACUGAGGAUGGAGGAAAGACUAACCUGUCGAUGUGA